AUGGAUAAGAGCUGGAUAAAUGAUCCAAAUAUUUUGUCAAGUCAUUAUAAGUCUGGUCUUAAGAAUUUUAUUGAAUUUGCUAAGACCAAUGGUAUGGGAUUGGAUGGAAAAUUAUUUUGUCCCUGUAGGAGAUGUAGGAAUUCAAAGAGAAAAAGCAUUUCUCAAGUUGAAUCAGAUUUGUCAGAAAAAGGCUUUUGUAUGUAUUAUAAAAAUUGGGUCUUCCAUGGGGAACCAUUUUCUGCACACUCUUAUAUGUCAAGUGGAAAGAACAAUAACCUUGACGAGGAUGGUGUUGGAGGUGAGACAGAUUUCAUCAAUGAAAUAGUAUAUAAUGACUUUGAUAUGAAUGAAAAUGGUGAAUCUGAUGAGUUACCUGAUUUAUUGGAUGAGAUAAGAAAUGCACAUGAAUCAGGGACAUCGAGUGAAUGGGAUUCAAAAAAUUUUGACAAAUUGUUAAAUGAUGCACAAAGAGAAUUAUACCCGGGAUGCAAAAAAUACUCCCUGCUGCGUUUCAUUGUUUCCUUUCUCCAUAUCAAAGUGAUGAACCAUGUGACUAACAAGGCAUUUGACAUGAUGCUAGAAUUUUUAAAAGAUGUGUUACCAGAAGGAGAAAUACUUCCAUCUAGUUUUUAUGGGGCCAUGAAAAUUUUAUCUGGUAUAGGUUUGGGGUAUCAAAAAAUUGAUGUCUGCAAAUUUGAUUGUGCAUUGUUUUGGAAAGAAAAUGAAAAGAUGGACAAGUGCCCUAUUUGUAAAGAAUCACGAUGGAAAGUCAAUAAUGGCAAGAAAAAAAAAGUUCCAAACAAGGUGAUGUGGUACUUUCCAUUAAAAGCUAGGUUGCAAAGACUUUUUAUGUCUUCUAAAACUACUGAAGACAUGAGAUGGCAUGAGGAGAAAUGGGUUAAAGAGGAAGGUAUCAUGAGACAUCCGGCUGAUUCUAUUGCUUGGAAGGAUUUUGAUAAGAAAUAUCCUGAUUUUACUAAAGAUUCUCGAAAUGUAAGACUUGGAUUGGCCACGGACAGAUUCAAUCCAUUUGGUAACAUGAGCAACUCAUAUAGCAUGUGGCUAGUUAUUCUUGUACCUUACAAUUUGCCUGCAUAUAAGUUUAUGAGAAAGGAAUUUCUUAUACUAUCACUUCUUAUUCCUGGUCCACGUGCCCCUGGAAAGGAGUUAGAUGUGUUCUUAAGGCCAACAAUAGAUGAUUUGAAAGAUUUAUUUCAUGGAAUCAGCACUUAUGAUGCAUAUAGUGGACAAAACUUUCAAAUGCGUGCAGCAAUUUUAUGGACUAUAUCAGAUUUCCUUGCAUAUGGCUAUUUGUCUGGAUGGAGCACCAGUGGGUAUAAAGCAUGUCCAUGUUGUCUUGAUGAUACUGCUUCACAAAGACUAAGAGGCAAAAUAUGUUUCAUAGGACAUCGUCGCUUUUUGAACCAUGACCACCGUUGGCGAAAGCAAAAAGCUCAUUUUGAUGGAACUAUUGAAACGCGCUCCAAGCCAAAGGAAUUUUCCGGAGAACAGGUUUUAAGACAUUUAAAUUCCUUGGCUGGUGUCUUUGGUGAGUUUGGUAAGAACCCAGUUACUCGGAAAAAAGGAGUUGAUAAAAUUCAGGGUAAUUGGAGGAAAAAAAGUAUAUUUUUUGAGUUACCAUAUUGGGAAAAACUCUCCAUGAGACAUUGUCUGGAUGUGAUGCAUAUCCUUAAAAAUACAUGUGAAAGUUUAGUUGCAACAUUGUUGAACAUUCCUGAUAAGACAAAAGAUACUAAUAAAUCUCGUGAUGAUCUACUUAACAUGGGAAUAAGGCACGAACUACACUUACAUGAUGAUGGUACAAGGAAAACAAAGCCUCCAGCCUUGUAUGUGAUGUCUUCAAGUGAGAGAAAAGGAUUUUGUGAUUUUUUGAGUUCAAUUAAGUUUCCUGAUGGGUAUGCUGCCAACAUUUCCAAGUGUGUCAAAGAUGGUAAACUAAUGGGACUUAAAACACAUGACUACCAUGUCCUCUUGCAACGACUUAUUCCAGCGGGCAUUCGUGGGUAUUUGUGCAAAGAAGUCAAUGAGGCAAUUUUUGAGUAA